AUGCCUUAUGCACGACUUUCACACACUGUAUACAAGCUCCCUCUUCAUUUACCAGGGAAGCAACAAAUUUACUUUCAAGCAGGCCAAGUUCGGGCCGCUGUCUCGAAGAUUCUUUCAGAUGACUCAGAGAUUAAUGAAGAUGAACUACCAAAUACCAUGCUCUCUGAGUAUUGGGAAAUGUAUUUUUCUGGAAUGUCGUGGCAGUAUGUUGGUAAAAAGUGGAUUUUAGCAGACGACUCAUUGAUCAAGACUAUUUUAUACGAACAUUUGCCGGAGCAUUACUGGUAUGAUAAAAGUCAGAAGACAUGGAAGAAAAGAAUUAAUAAAAGACAAAAUGUCAUUGGUCGAAUCAAUCCUAGACCAUCACCUCGAAAUCAAGAGCUAUUUGCACUUUAUGUCCUUCUCCGCCAUUUUCCUGGCGAUUCUGAAUCAUUAAAAGAAGUGAACGGUUAUAAUUGUGAGACUUUUGUAGAGGCUGCGCGUUUAAGAGGACUUCUUUCUGACGAUAGUAUGUGGGAGAGAACGUUAGAAGAAGCCUCUCAUAGCUGUAGUCCGCGUGAGCUACAAUACCUGUUUGUACAGAUAUUAGUCUUCGGAAAUCCGAGCAAUGCUCGCGAAUUAUGGGAAAAGUUCAUUGAGAACAUGUUCAGCCCUGUGAUGGGGAAUGAUCCUAGUGGAAACGAAAGAAUGAGAAGGAUAGAUCGGGCAUUAGCUCAUAUAGAAGCUCAGCUUGCAGAUUAUGCUAUGACCAAUGAACAUUUUAAUCUUGAUUCUCCAUCCUCUGUGAUGCGACAAAAUGUAGAUACAGCUCUCGAUAGCUUCUUCUUUGGAGAUAAUGAUGAGUUUGCUAGCGGAAAAAAAUCGGACACGAAAUUAAAUGCUGAUCAGGAAAAAGUUUGGCAAGUAGUUCACGAUGCACUCCAAGGAGCCUCAUCCAAUACUAUCUUUGUCACCGGAGACGGUGGCACUGGAAAAACAUAUUUAUUUAAUACUAUUAUUUCACGUCUACGAGACAUGAGAAUCCGCGUAAUUGCUUCGGCAUAUACCGGUUGUGCAGCGACACUUUUAACAGGAGGAGCUACCGUUCAUUCGGUAUUCAGGUUCGGAAUAAAUGUUGAGGAAGAUUAUACUCCUUCUGUUUCACUGCAAAGUUUUCAUGGUAGACGUAUUAAAGACAGCCAAGUAAUAAUAAUUGAUGAGGUUUCUAUGCUUCCAAAGCAUAUGUUAGAGGGCAUUGACAGACUUUGUAAACAAUUAGUACCAGCAAAUCUUAGAAGUAGUCCAUUCGGCGGAAAAAUUAUUAUUUUGAGUGGGGACUUCAAGCAAUCGCUACCAGUUGUUGCUGGAGGUUAUAUGAGAGAUCAAGUUAAUUCCUGUAUACAGUCUUCAUCAUUGUGGUCGCUUUUCAGGAAUAAUAUUCUAACUCUGAACAUAAAUAUGCGUCAGGGUCAGAACGAGAAACAGUUCACUGAUUGGUUGCGUGGAAUUGAAUAUCGUUAACUCGCGCCAAGAACUGAUCAACUUUGUUACGGACAAUAAUAAUGCUCUAUCGAAUC